GUUGACUCCAAUAGUAUUACGUCUCUGCUCCUCCACUGGUUUUGCUCGUGUCUGGUUUUUGUCUGCAAAAUCAAAAAAUGGCAUCGUCAGCAGUAGAAGAAGUGAGAGUGCCAAGAAUCAAGCUGGGCUCACAAGGUUUCGAAGUUUCAGCGCAAGGGCUCGGGUGCAUGGGCAUGUCAGCCUUCUAUGGGCCACCCAAGCCCGAGCCCGACAUGAUCAAUCUUAUCCACUAUGCUGCUAGCAGAGGUAUCACUCAUCUUGACACCUCCGAUGUCUAUGGACCCCAUACUAAUGAAUUACUUCUGGGCAAGGCUUUGAAGGGAGGGAUACGAGAGAAAGUGGAGCUAGCAACAAAAUUUGGGGUCAAAAUUGAGGAUGGAAAGCGGGAGAUUCGAGGUGAUCCAGCCUAUGUUAGGGCUGCUUGUGAGGCUAGCUUGAAACGACUUGGUGUUGACUGCAUUGAUCUCUACUAUCAGCAUCGCAUCGAUACAAGUCUGCCUGUCGAAAUCACGCAGAAUUUGCCAAGGUUUCGAACAGAGAAUAUGGAGCAUAACAAGAACCUGUACGAGCGUGUCAAUGUCAUCGCUUCAAAGAAGGGUUGUACCCCAUCACAGCUAGCAUUGGCCUGGGUGCAUCAUCAGGGAAACGAUGUUUGCCCCAUUCCUGGCACCACCAAGAUUGAAAACCUCAAUCAGAAUAUAGGAGCUUUGUCUGUAAAACUGUCUGCGGAAGAUAUGGCUGAACUGGAAUCCAUUGCUUCAGCUGGAAUAAAGGGUGAUAGACUUCCCCCUGGCUUCGACAGUUGGAAAACCUCUGAUACUCCACCUCUGUCAACGUGGGAGGCCACAUGAAUACUGCCUCUGAAUAAUGCAUUUUCACUGUUGUUGAGGGCUGAGUGAAUUGUAACUGUUCCAAUAAACUGCAACCUAAUUGAUGGUAUUGUGUUGAGGGUUGAUUCAUUUUACAGCUAUCUUAUACGAAGUUAAAAACUUGAGGUUGUAAUAGAUAAAAAUCUGGUCAUGUAAACAAAUUGCUGGCUGGUCUUGUAGCAGGACAAGCCAACAGUACUUUUGCUGCUGUUUUAAUAAGAUGUUUGUCUGAAUAAUC